AUGGACCCACCCAACUGCUUCAACCAAGUUUACGUUGAGGACGAAGUGAAGAACCUGAGCGAUGUCAGAAAGUCGUUGGUAGCGUCUAGAACUAAUCACUUUGUCACGCUGGAGUUUGAGGGUUCCCAGAUAACACCAAGGGAUAUGCUGCGCCAGACGCCGCCAUUGGAGUGUCGCUGUGUCACCGUUAAGGGUGUCACCCUAUCCACCAUCCAGAUCGAGAAUUACUAG